AGAGCAGGACAUCAGAGAGGAUGUUCAACAACCCCACGGAUCCAAAGACGAUAAUGCUCCACAGGACAUUCGCAGAAGUCAGCGUAGACGCACCCUCACUGAAAAGGGAAAAGCACUGCAAGAUGCAAAGGCAAAAGAUUGCAAAAGAGAUUUAGAGCGAACAUACAAAAAAUGGAAAUAUCAUAUAAAUUGUUAUAAGAAUUUCCUAAAGAGAAAAGACACUGAUAUGAUACUUGAAGCUCUAAAUGUCAUAGAAAGUCACCAAUCAGACAUAAGUUAUCUGUAUGAAGAAGUAAGGGACAUUGAAGUUCCAGAUGCUGAGCUAAGAAGGAAAUGUGAUGUUUGCUGGGCUAUUACUAAGGCAGCCAAAGAAAAGGCACAAUGUCUUAUUGAAGGAAACGGUGAUCCAAGCGACAUUCCUUGGCCUGACUCAGAAUCAGUAUUUCAAGACACACUGUCCAAUGCUUCAUCUGAACUCACGUUCAUGUCAAAACCCAAGUCCAGACUGUCCAAUUGUUCCUGUCCUGAUUCACUGCAACAAAGACAUCAAGCAGCAGCAGAAGUUGCAGCUUCAGAAGAGAUAAUAAAAUUAAUGAGAACACAAUAUCAAUAUGAGGUGGAGAUAAGAGAACUUGAAAUAGAGGACGCAAAGAAAAGGGCACAGUUUUUAACGGAAAGUACCAACAUAAAGACAAGGUUAGAAGAAAGGAGAAAGGAAGUUGAGCUAUUGAAAGAGUUACAAAAGCAUAACGCAGCACAAGCAAGGCUAAAGGUUUAUGCUGAAAGCAUUGCCAGUGAGAAUGAAGACAAACCUGUCAUCAAAACUCCAGUAAAGCAAGAGGACUUAACCAAACCAAGUUUUCCCAAUAUAGAUGCACAACCAUUUUCUCCUUUUCAAGCACCAAAUCCUACCAGCCCGUCCUCGUAUUCCUUUCCAACUCCAAGAACUCAAGCUCCUGUGCCUCAGCCAACCAUUAUGGUGAGCCAAAUACCUCCUGUUACAUCUUCAGUAGCAUCUAUUGAUCUUGUACAAACACUCACAGAAGCUAUUACAGCCAAUAGAAUUCCAAUACCAGAACCAGCAGUAUUUCUGGGAGAUCCUUUGCAGUAUAAUGAUUGGAAGUUGUCCUUUCAAACAUUAGUUGAUCGUAAGAACCUGCCAACACAAGAAAAGCUCUUCUUCUUGAGACAGUAUGUUGGAGGUGCAGCCAAAAAAGCGAUAGAAGGUCACUUUCUAGUUGGGACAGAUACAGCCUAUAGUAGUGCUUGGCAAACACUCAAGGACAGAUUCGGAGACCCAUUUGUCAUAGGCAAGGCAUAUCGUGACAAGAUUCAGUCCUGGCCUAAAAUCACUAAGGACAGUAAAGAUCUACGUGAAUUUGCAGAUUUCCUGAGCAGUGUAGAAUCAGCCAUUCCUUAUGUACAAGGACUAAACAUUUUGAAUGACUGUGUUGAAAAUCAAAGAGUAGCAGCUAAGCUACCCGAUUGGCUAAGUUCACGCUGGAAUAGGAAAGUGACUGAAUACCAGGAUGAAUAUAAAACAUUCCCCAGUUUCAGCCAUUUUGUCAAUUUCCUCAAUAAGGAGGCAAGAAUUGCCUGUAAUCCUAUCACAUCACUGCAAGCAAUAAAGCCAUCUGAAUCAGACUACAAGCAAGCCGCUAAACCCAAGCCAAAGGGAAACACUUUACAUGCUAAAGCUCUUAGUACAAGUUCCAGUGAGAGGACAAACAUGACCUGUACUUUCUGCAAGAAAUCUGGCCACACACUCCACAAGUGUCGAAAGAUAAUGGAAAAGCCAGUAGGAGAAAGAGUAAAGUUUGUGCAAUCUGAGAAGUUGUGUUUUGGUUGCCUCAAGACCGGACACAACUCUAGAAAUUGUAAUUCCAGAAGUGUAUGUGAAAAGUGUCAAAAUUCUCACCCAACAUGCUUACAUCAAGAUAGAGAGAGAAAAGACAAAGAACAACGAUCACAAGCGAACCAAGAAGGGAUCAAAGAGAAUCAAGAACCAGAAAGAAAGUCAGAUCUACAAGAGAUGAAGUCAAGGCAAGUGACAGCCAAUAGAGUUGUGCAACAAAGAUCAAAAGGUUGUACCUCUUCAGUCAUUCCAGUUUAUGUUUCAACUGUGGAUGAACCAGACCAAGAGAAACUAGUCUAUGCCUUGCUUGAUACACAAAGUGACACUACUUUCAUUCUGAAGGACACAGCUGAGAUGUUAAAUGCAAAGACUGAACACGUCAAACUCAAGAUUUCCACAAUAACAUCCCAAAGUAAGACUGUACACAGUACUAAGCUAAGUAAUUUACAAGUCAGAGGCAUUAAUUCUGAAGCAAGAAUCAAAUUGCCCCCAACCUAUACUAGAGACUACAUACCUGCCAAUAGAUCUCAUAUUCCCACAAGCAAGACAGCAGAAAACUGGUCUCACCUCAGACAUCUAGCAAAAGAGAUGCCUCCAGAACUCGAUUGUGAAGUCGGCUUACUGAUUGGCUAUAACUGCCCACAGGCUUUAUUGCCCAUUGAAGUUGUGACCGGAGAAAGAAAUCAGCCAUUUGGACAGAAAUCUAUACUAGGAUGGAGCAUCAUUGGCUACAGUAAUUCUGAGUGUGAAUUUGAAGACGAGAUUGGUGUUAGUCAUCGCAUUACUGUAAAACAAGUCCUGCCAGCUGUUGAGUUUCACAACCUUAAAGAUGAAGUACAUUUCGUAAGCAGGAACAAAGUUAAGGAAGUAAUCUCUCCAGCUGAUAUAAUUAAAGUACUUGAAAGGGACUUUGUUGAAAGAACCACUGAAGAAGAUCCCAUGUCACAAGAAGACAUGCUGUUUCUGACCAAGGUGAAAGAAGGUAUAAAACAAAGGUCAAAUGGACAUUUUGAAAUGCCAUUACCUUUCAAAGAUGGAAGACCUAAUCUACCAAACAAUAGGCCAUGUGCAGAUCAUAGACUGAAAUGUCUGGAGAAGCGUCUGAGAAAAGAUGGAAGCUAUUUUAAGGACUACGUGGCAUUCAUGGAAGACAUAAUAAAGAGAGGAGAUGCUGAGAGAGUGCCAGAAAUGGAGAUAAACAAAGAACCAGCCUGGUAUAUCCCUCACCAUGGCAUCUAUCAUCACCUAAAGCCAGGUAAAAUCCGUGUAGUCUUUGAUUGCUCAGCAAAGUUCCAGAACACAUCUCUUAAUGAACAUCUUCUAAGCGGGCCUGACCUCACAAACACUCUAGUUGGAGUUCUGUGUCGGUUUAGAAAAGGACAAGUGGCAAUUAUGUGUGAUGUGGAGCGCAUGUUUCACCAGUUUCAUGUUGUUGCUGAAGACCAGGAUUACCUCAGAUUCCUAUGGUGGGAGGAGGGUAAUAUGGACAAGCCACCAUCAGUGUUCCGAAUGAGAGUUCACCUAUUCGGAGCAGCGUCCUCACCUGGAUGUGCAAAUUUCGGACUCAAGCAUCUAGCAUCACAAGGUGAAGGAAAGUUCAGUCAAGCUGCCAUUAAAUUCAUACAACGUAAUUUUUACGUGGAUGAUGGGUUGGCAAGCGUUGAUACUGAAGAGGAAGCUAUCCAGCUUGUUACAGAAGCAAGAGGCCUAUGUAACUCUGGAAGGUUACACUUACACAAGUUCAUCAGUAACAACAAGAAAGUGCUCUCUUCUAUCCCAAAGGAGGAAUGUGCAGGAGGAGCUAAUGAUUUGGACCUAGCUUUUGGAGAACAAAAACUCGAAAGAGUUUUAGGAGUCCAGUGGUGUUUAACAUCAGACACAUUUCACUUCAGAGUUGUCAUGCCAACCAAACCCUGCACUAGAAGAGGAGUUUUAUCUACAGUAGCCUCAAUUUUCGAUCCUCUCGGAUUUGUCACGCCUUUCAUUCUAGUUGGAAGGAGAAUUCUCCAAAGGAUGUGCCAAGACAAGUUAGACUGGGAUGAACCGCUUCCAGAUGACCUUAAGCCGCACUGGGAAGCCUGGCUACAAGACCUCGUCAACCUAUUUUCAAUAAAGAUACCACGUUGCUAUGUACCUGCAACAUUCAAAGACAUUCAACAGUAUCAGUUGCACAGCUUUUCUGAUGCUAGUACUUCGGGGUAUGGAGUAUGCUCAUACCUUAGAGCUGUAACCACAUCCGGAGAAGUUCACUGUACUCUUGUGAUGGGCAAGGCAAGAGUCGCUCCAACAAAAGUGACAACAAUUCCAAGGCUUGAGCUCUCUGCUGCGGUAGUAGCUACAAGAACAGCUUGCUUCCUGAAGAGAGAGUUAGAGAUUGAAGACCUCCAAGAAUACUUUUGGACUGACUCCAAGGUCGUUCUUGGUUACAUUAACAAUGACGCAAGACGAUUCCAUGUAUUUGUAGCAAAUCGCAUUCAAAGAAUCAGGUCAAGUACUGAACCAAGUCAAUGGCGAUAUGUUCCCUCUGAACAAAAUCCCGCUGAUCAUGCGUCUCGAGGAGUCACGACCAAGGAACUCAAAGCAUCAAAUUGGUUCACUGGGCCCAAUUUUCUAUGGCAAAAGGAACUUCCAAAAGACGAGGACAAAUUCAAAGAUAUUGACAGUAAAGACCCAGAACUGAAAAUGUCACACGUUUUCAAAGUAGAAGCAAAAGAAGAGAAUUCAUUUAUCAAAAGAAUGCAAAACUUUUCCGAUUGGAAAGGAUUGGUAAGGGCCAUAGCAAGACUCAAACGCUUGGCAAAGUGUGUAAAGAGCAAGACAAAAAUGUCACAUGACGCGAGUACUUUGGAAGAGAGAAAGGAUGCAGAAGAAUUCAUAAUUCAAACUGUACAAAAUGAAGCAUUCAGCAAAGAAAUCAAGUCACUGAAAGGGAAGGGUGAAGUUCAGACAGCACAAACUAACCUUCACAAGUUAAGUCCCUUCAUUGACAAGAAAGAUGUCUUGAGAGUAGGAGGACGACUAACUGAUGCAUCACUACAUCCAAAUGUCAAACAUCCUGCUAUCCUUCCAAAGGAACACCAUGUGUCAAACUUACUCAUUAAGCAUUUCCAUGAAAAGAUCCAUCAUCAAGGCCGUGGAAUGACUCUUAAUGAAAUACGGGCCAAUGGAAUAUGGAUUGUUGGCUGCAGUAGUAGUGUGUCAUCAUUCAUUCACAAAUGUGUGAAAUGCAGAAAAUUCCGAAGAUGUAAUCAAGAACAAAGCAUGGCAAACCUACCUCCAGAAAGGUUGGAAGCUACACCUCCAUUUGUGUACACUGGUAUGGAUUGUUUCGGACCAUUUUACAUAAAGGAAGGAAGGAAAGAAAUGAAAAGAUAUGGACUGUUACUCACCUGCAUGUGUUCACGAGCUGUUCACAUUGAAGUCUUAGAUGAUCUCAGUACAGAUUGUUUCAUCAAUUCUCUACGCUGCUUCAUAGCAAUACGUGGCAAUGUAAGUCAACUGCACUGUGAUCAAGGCACUAAUUUUGUGGGUGCAAAAAAUGAGUUUCAGAACCUCCUAGAAGCAAGUAAACAAAAGCUCAAAGACUUAGGUUGCAAAUUUGUUCUCAACCCACCUGCUUCAAGUCACAUGGGAGGAGUCUGGGAGAGACAAAUAAGGACAAUAAGAAAUGUUUUGAAGUCCAUUUUGGAUCAAGCUGCUCAAAGGCUUGACACCUCAUCCUUGAGAACCUUUAUGUAUGAAGCCAUGGCAAUUGUUAAUAGCAGACCACUGAGUGCAGAAUGUAUCAACGACCCUGUGGGACCUGAACCACUGACACCUAACCACAUAUUGACAAUGAAAUCUACCAUAAUUUCACCCCCUCCUGGAGAAUUUGUCAAAGAAGAUCUGUAUCUGCAGAAAAGAUGGAAAAGAGUUCAAUAUUUGGCCAACAUUUUUUGGACCAGGUGGAGGAAGGAAUACCUGUUGAACCUACAACAGAGGAGAAAGUGGAACAAGACUCGAAGAGACAUGAAAAUAAAUGACAUUGUAUUACUACAAGAUGAUUGUCUACCAAGAAACCAAUGGAAACUGGCCAAAGUGGUAGAAGUGUUUCCAGGAGCUGACAACAAAGUUAGGAAGGUCAAACUUCUUGUUAGUGACACCACACACAAUAAUAACAAAACACAUACAACUAAGUCAUUUUUGGAAAGACCAAUACACAAGACUAUACUUUUACUUGAAGCUAAGGACUGAUAAGACACAGCGCAUAUUUGACAUUUCCACAUGGUUUAAUAAGUUUAUUUUGUGUUAAUUGUUAAAGAAUCACACAAAGUGUGAUGGUGGGAGUGUAAAUGAUGUAAGUUUGUGCUUGAAGCGUUCGCUGAAUCCAGUGGAUGGCGCUCUUGCGAUCGGUGUAGCUAAUUAUUUUGAUUUAUUUGUUUGCACAUUGUUUAAGUUGUGUACAUUGUUUAUGGCACUAUUAUCUCCAUAUUAGUAAAUAUAUUCUAUUUUUUGUAGAGAAUUAGUCUAAAAUUUGGGGUUUUACGUCACGUGAGUUUUGGCUCGAACUUCCGGUUCCUGUCCUUUAGCGAUCAGCAUAAGUGUAUGGCGGACUCCGACGCUGGUGUUUCAAUCCAUCUAAACUUAAGAUUCUAAAGAUUCAUCUUUCAAGAAGAUUAACCCCAGCCCUAGCCACAAGCAGGCAAAGUGUUCUACGGUGAUACUUUUGACCAAGAUCAUUAAAAAUCAUCUGUAAAAAGAACUCUAGUCUUCCCUAUGUGACUGAGGCUGGCACAGAACCGCAUAGCUGCAGUGCAAAAGACGCAUCAAAUUUUAUACACACAAGAAGCGGAUUGAAUUACUGGAAUUUUUUUAAAAAAAAGAUGUGCAGCGACAAAGUCCAUCGACUGAAAUUCAAUUAUGGACGUAAAGAGGGGCAAGAGUGGAGAAUGGUAUCUAUAAAUGUCCAGAAGACAGACCUGUCCUACCGAGGAACCUAUACAAAUGGGUAGCAAUAUUGAGCCAUAGUGCGUGUCACAUGGCUCAAGAGGUGGGAUGGUGGGGCUGGUCAGUCAGCUUUAUACAACAUACGGAUUUGAUUCAUAUUCAAAACAUUUUCAAAAAUAAAAAAAAAAUAAAAAAUUGUAGAGCUUGUUUAACAUGUGCUAGACACAAUCCACAGGGUUAUAAUGCCUGGUUAUAAUAGAUGCAUUCUCAAAAUGGUUUGAUUUGGUUUAAACAAAAACACUGAACGCGAGUAGGGGAGAGAUGAGUGAACAACUUAUAUUGAUCACUCCAAAAAAAAAAAAUUAUGCUGCAUUGUAGCGAUUUAAAAGAUCAAUUUGACCUUUGCAGGAUGAUCUGCUGUGUCAGAUCUGGACUGCCAUGAAAGUAUGAUGUUUAUAUGUGCACUUUGUCAACAACCGCUGUAGAUGUUAAAGAAUGGGAUGAAUAUAUCUAAAGUGAAUGUGGAUAAUUUGUUUCAGGUAACUAGUAUUAUAGUAAACUGCUAAACGAAAAAAUUGAUUGCUAAUGGCAAAACAAGCUGUAAAGACAAACAAAAUUUAAUAUGUCAUAUGUAUGGGUUUGUGACCAUUGCUUUAUGUUGUACCGUCACCAUUGAUCAAAGAUUGUGUGAAAUCUAUCAUGUCUAUUGGAUUAUGAAAUGUGUGACAGAGCAUUCUUUAUAGUAAUAUCCAUUGAAGAAAGAAAAAAGAAGCCAUUGCUUUCAGAGAAUGUAGUCGAGCUAAAUUGUAUAUGUAUCAACAUCCCAAGAUCUGAAAAAAGAAAAAGGACGACUUUGCGACUGACGAGGGUUGUCGCUCUAGCGAUGGCUCCAUCUUUGAAGCUCCUGUGGUAAACCUGUCCGAUUUGUUUCCCGACUCUGACAUUGAUUAUUAAGGCUCGAUCUCCUCCCGGGUGUAAAUUUGUUCUUAUGAAUUGUGAUCCUACGGCUGAAAAUCUUUUUGAAAUGGCCGCUUUUGGGUGGUAAGGUGGUCUCUGAGAACUUAUGAUAAACAGGAGGGAAUUGUUAGAAAAAUGUAUAUAUAUGUUAUCAUGCGUUCUCUAGUCGAUGCUUUACCGCAAUAUUACCGCAAUAUUACUGCAAUAUAUGCUUGCUGUUUGGCCUUGCUGUUUUUAUGAUGUACCACAGAAGAGAGAAGUUACUGGGUCAGACAGGUCGCAGCUGACCACUCAGCAAAAUGAAGACAUCUACCAAGACAGUUCCUUUUUAACAAAUAAUGAGGGUUUUCCAAAACUAUCUUGAUCGUAUGAUUAUGUUGGAAUGUAUGUAACCAGUAAUAAAUAACCUAGGUAGAUUAGUUUUAUGCUUAUGUUGGUAUGUAACUGGUAAUAAAUAACUUAGCUUGUCCCAUCCUACACAAUGUCGUAAAACAUCCCCUGCUCUGCUAAUCUAGAGGUCAAGAGAUUUAACUUGUUUAUUCAGUCCACUGUCACCCCCACCCUUUUCCUCUUAUUAAAGAUGCUCUUGUGGGAAGCGAGAGUCAGACUUCAUUCGACCAUCGC